GUCGAGUCUUGACUCCAGAGAGACUUCCGGCCUCGAGAACUGGGAAGAAGGGCGGCUGUCUGGCAGUGGUGGCACCACCAUUGGCAUAGGGCCCGGGGGCAGGGAGGUUUAUUGACACUCUUCCACUCGUGUGCAGUCUCUUGCAUCCAACCUCUUCAUACUGCCCACUUUCUGCAUGUUGCAGCAGCAAUGACGUCGUCAAGCGGAGGAGCGAGCGCGGACCCGAAGACGGCCCCCUUCCCUGUCGAAGAUAUUGUGCAGCACCCGCUCCCGGGCUACAUAGCACCUGUCUCCGUGUCUUUCAGUCCAGACGACAAGCUCAUCUCCUUUCUCUACAGCCCCACCGGCACGCUUAGCCGGAAACUGUUUGCUUAUGACCCUCAAACCCGGCAACAGAAGGUGCUUGUUUCGCCACCAGGGACGGGGGUUGACGAGGGGAAUAUAUCGACGGAAGAGAAGCUAAGAAGAGAACGGUUGCGCGAGCGGGGUUUGGGUAUUACACGGUAUGAAUGGGCGAAGGGCGGGGCGGUGCCAAGAAUACUGGUGCCCUUGCCUGGGGGGGUCUACGUCCAAGACGGUCCUGGGGCGGAGCCUCGAUUACGGGUCCCCAGCGCACCAGGGGCUCCCAUUCUGGACCCCCAGCUGUCGCCGGACGGCACCAUGUUGGCGUACGUACAGUCCGACGAGCUCUUUGUGACGCCGGCCACGUCGGGGGAGGCACAGCAGCUGACGUUCGGAGCCGGGGGGCAAGGAAAGACGCACGGUCUAGCAGAGUACAUCGCUCAAGAGGAGAUGGAGCGCCGUACGGGCUUCUGGUGGUCGCCUGACAGCAGCAUGAUUGCUUUUACCGAGGUCGACUCUUCGGACGUGCCCGAAUUCCGAAUCAUGCACCAGGGGAAGGCUGCGGUUGGGCCGGAGGCGGAGGAAAACCACGCAUACCCGUUUGCUGGGCACAACAACGUGCGCGUGCGGCUGGGGGUGAUCCCCGCGGCAGGGGGUGACGUCACCUGGAUGGACUUGCACUGUGGGCAGGGGGGCCCGAAGCACGCGGACGAGGAGUACUUCGGACGGUGUACGUGGCUGCCGGACAAGAGCCUGGCGGUGCAGGUCGAGAACCGGCGGCAGACCAAGCUGCAACUGCUCAAGUUUGAUCCAGCCACCGGCAAACAGGAGCUGCUGCUGACGGAAGAGAACGGCACGUGGAUCAACCUGAACGACUGCUUCACCACCCUGCACAAGGGCGCCGGCCAGCUGCGGGGGGGCUUCCUCUGGGCCAGCGAGCGAACCGGCUUCCGCCACCUGUACCUAUACGACGCGAAAGGCGGGCUCAUUUCGCAACUUACCGGGGGGGACUGGCUCGUCGAAGCGGUGGCCGGGGUAGACGAAACCAAGGGCCUGGUUUACUUCACCGGGACCCUCGACUCCCCCCUCGAAACGCAUCUGUACGUGGUGAAGCUCGGCGCCGACUCCGCCCCCGGGGGAUCCCCCCGGGCGCCCCGGCGGCUCACGCAGGGGCGGGGCCGGCACGCCGUCGUCCUAGACCACCAGUUGCAGCGCUUCGUCGACUUGCACGAUUCGCUCGAGACGCCCCCCCGAGUGGCGCUGUGUUCCCUGCAAGACGGCCGGUUGAUACAGCCCAUAUUCGAGCAGCCGGAACCGAUCGAGCGCGUGCGGAAACUGAACCUGAUCCCCCCGGAGAUUGUGCAAAUCCCGGGGGCCGACGGGACGCCGCUCUAUGGCGCGGUCUACCGCCCGGAUCCCCGGUUGCACGGCCCGCCCCCUUACCGGACGGUCGCGAGCGUGUACGGGGGCCCGCACGUCCAGAUUGUGAGCGACAGCUGGAUGACGACCGUCGACAUGCGCGCGCAGUACCUGCGGAGCCGGGGGAUCCUGGUUUGGAAGUUGGACAACCGGGGUAGUUCUCGGCGGGGCCUCGCCUUCGAGGGCGCGAUCAAGCACCGGAUGGGGUCCAUCGACGUAGACGACCAGGUGGCGGGCGUUCAUUGGCUCGUCUCGCAAGGCCUGGCCGACUCAGAACGGGUCGGCAUUUACGGGUGGAGUUACGGGGGGUACAUGGCGGCGAUGUCGCUCGCAAAGCACCCCGAGGUGUUCAAAGCGGCGGUGGCCGGUGCGCCGGUCACCGCUUGGGACGGGUACGAUACGCAUUACACGGAACGGUAUAUGGGCCAUCCGUCCGAAUAUAAGGACGCGUACGAAGCGAGCUCGGUGAUGAGCCACGUCGAAUCGAUGAGGGGGAGGUUGAUGCUCGUGCAUGGCAUGAUAGAUGAGAACGUGCACUUCCGGCAUACGGCGCGCUUGAUCAACGCGCUGAACGCCGCCGCGAAAGACUACGAGCUGCUCGUGUUCCCGGACGAGCGACACAUGCCUCGGGGGCUUAAGGAUAGGAUACACAUGGAAGAGAGGAUAUUUAACUUCCUGCAACGAAACCUGUAAACAGUAGACACGCAACGCCAAUAAGGAUGGUCACACGCUCAGAGCUAGAGGGCCCUCUAGUCAGGCGGCUAGGCUUGGCACUCAGUUACCAUCUGAAACAGAGUCGUCAGCUGGGAUUACAAUACCCAUCAUUGUAUUCUGCUGCUUAUCCCUUUUGUAGAGCCUUUUGGGGCCGACUGCAUGCGCAGCGGUUGCAGGCACAUUCGAACUCUAUAUGACGUCUAAUCUGUUCGAAGUGUGCAAGGAUGGACUUCGUGUAAGUCUUGGCACUAGAGCCGCC